AUGCCCAGGGUUGCGGACGUGGCAGUCGCUGAGCAGAGGGAGCUCUUCCGAAGGAAGAUGCAGGAAUGCGAAACGAUCUACGAUUUCCGCGUCGACAGCCAGCAGCCAGAGAAGGAAGGGAAGAGACUGACUUUGACGGAGCUCGUGGAGCACAUGAGCUCCAGCAAGAAAUUGUUCGAUGAAUCGCUCAUGCGCGACGCAGUUAACAUGGUCGCCGCCAACUUACUCAAGACACUGGCCAAGCGGGAACGGACGCCUUUGGAUCUGAUGGAUCCAGACGAUGAGCCCGCGAUGGAUCCUGCGUGGCCUCACCUGGAGCUAACGUACGAGUUCCUGCUGAAGCUUGUCACGUCAAAGGAUGUGAGCGCAGACGCGGCUGCGAGUUGCAUCGACUGGAAGUUUACUUCUGGACUGAUCGGUCUGUUCGACUCGGAUGACCCUCGCGAGCGGGAGAGUCUGAAGAACAUCCUCAACAAGAUCUAUCCAUUCACAACUCUGCGCAAGCACAUCCGUGGUGCUAUCCAGAACACGUGCCUCAGAGCGAUAUACGAGGAUGAUAUUAUGAAUGGGGUCGGAGAGUUGUUGGAGGUACUCAACCGCACCGUCAUUAGCUCUUUCUCAACGCCCUUGAGAGAAGAAAACCACAAGCUUCUUCUUAGGGUGAUCAUGCCACUGCACAAGGUGUGUUCGUUGAAUCUGUUCCACCCGCAGCUGCUGGACUGCGCCAAGGCAUUCACGGCGAAGGAGCCGAAGACCGCCUUCGACGUCGUGAAAGGCCUCCUGUGCUUCUGGCCAUGCUGCAGCCACCACAAGCAGAUACUCUUCCUAGACGAGCUGGAAGAGAUGCUGCUCGUGAUACCGCCGGCCGAGCUCCAGAAGCUUCAGGCCAGCCUGGGGAGCAGAGGGGACGAGGAGGGGAUGAAAGAGGGGAAGGAGGAGGAGGAAGAGGAGGAGGAGGAGGAGGAGGAGGAGGAGGACGGCGACGACGAGCAGCAGCAGGAGAUGGAUACUCCAGGAAGGACGUCUAGGGCUCCGUGA